CUAACGUGCUAGCGGAAGUGUAAGCGAAUUGAAAUCGCGCGCUGUUUUGUUCGCUUGUUUAUGCCAAAGUCCAUGGCUGGAUCUAUUAAUUAGUCGUCUGAAACUGGACAGAAACCGCUCAGUGACACCAUUAACCAGUGGGUUUUCUACAUGCCCGGGGAUUGGCUUCGUCACGGACUGUGGAAAUAUUGAGCUGUCAGAGCCAUUGUAGCCGCCACGCCCACUCCCGGGCCGAAAGAUCUCCGGUUCCGAGCUAGAGACGCCAACUAAGUCGGCCGCCGUCGUCAUCCACGUCGUUUCCGUCGAAUUGAGCGAAUAUUUAAUGUUGGCCACAGGUAUUCUGGCUCGCAGAAACUUUCGAAACCUGCCGGCGUUCAAUUCAUGGAGGACGGUUCUCCGGACUGCUCAAAAACGCCCCUCAUCCACGGCAACGUCUAAAACCCAACUAAAGGUUCUGGAGCAGCAUCAGCCACUGCGGCAAGUUACAAGAGCAUACCCAGCCUCCAAGGUCAUGGAAACGCCGGAGGAUGUGUUUCGCGGACUGCUGGAUCGCUUUGCCGGAGUCACAGUUGAUGGCCGCGAGGAGAACGUCGACAAAUCCAGCUUCCGGGACAAACUGAAAAAAUCGCUGGACUUCUGGACGCUGAAUAAGAAUCGGGCUAUUUGGUUCCGGGUGUACAAGGAGCAGGCCGAUUGGGUGCCUAUUCUGGCGGAGAACGGCUUCGAUUUCCAUCACGCACGGACCGGAGUGGUGGUCAUGUACCGCUGGUUGCCGGAACAGGAGUCAAACAACCUGCCCACCUACGCCCACACGCUGAUGGGGGUCGGCGGACUGGUGAUUAACGACAAGGAUGAGGUCCUGGUGGUGUCCGAUCGGUAUGCGAUGAUACCCAACAGCUGGAAGCUGCCCGGCGGCUAUGUGGAGCCGCGGGAGAAUCUCAUCGAUGCAGCGAUGCGCGAGGUGGCCGAGGAGACGGGCAUCCGCACAGAGUUCCGGUCGGUGGUCAGUCUGCGACACGCCCACGGCGGCACCUUCGGCUGCUCCGAUCUCUACGUGGUCGUCGCCCUGAAGCCCCUCAAUUUGGACUUCAAGCGGUGCGAGCGGGAGAUAGCGCGACUCCAGUGGAUGCCCAUCGCGGAGUACCUGCAGCAUCCGCAGGUGCACGAGACAAACAGGCAGUUCGUCUGCACGUUUUUGGAUUACCAGAAGCGCGGCCUGACCAUCACCUGUCGCGAUGAUGUCCACCAGGUGCUCAAAAAGAAGUACAACCUGUAUUACGUGGGGCGGGAGCAGUAGAAGCAGCAGCGGGAUAAAGAAAUUCGUGAGACUUGACGGUCCAGUGGCCAAAUUCAUAGUGCAAUUUCUAUUUAGUUUUUUCUUCCCAACCCAGCAGCAGCACAAGUGCAUAUUAAAAUGUUCAUAAUGUAGUUAAAUAAACCCUUUUUUUAUAUAUGUAUUAAAGAUCACUCACUUUUAAAUACCUUUUUCUUUGGAUACGUUUUAUUGCUAUUAAAUCAUUUGUGAAGUUUUUGUUUAACUUCAAAAUUGGACC